AUGUCACGUUCAAAUAUUCCUAGAUAAUUGCCACGUAGAUUUUUGAAAUUAUUAUUUCAGCCUUAUAGUAAAAGAGAGUAGGAGAAGGUGAAAUGCCUUUUGGAGGAUAUUAGCAACUAUCAUAGCCAGCAGAGAAGAAGGUUGAUUUUGCAAAUUCAAAUUUUGAAUAACAUGAAGAAAAUGAAGACAAUGAAGAAGAGGUAAUUGUUUGAAUAUUGAGAAAUAAAGAAAUUAUAACCUGCACCCAAUCAUGACAGUGGAAUGACAUUUAACAACUUUAUGAAUGAUGAUUUAAUUUAUAAUUGUUUCUCUUUAGGAGAUAGAAUAGGAGCAAGAAUAAAUAGAUUGUUACAUUGUGAUCAACCUAGAAUCACCUUUGUCGAUAAAUUAAAUAAGGUGGAAUAUGAUUAAAUAGUAAAUCCAUUUUCAUUAAGUGAGAAAGAUAAAGCUCAAAUUACACCUGAUAGAGUAUUGUAUUUAAAUGAUAAUGUAGACAGUAGUUGUGAAGAUAAUUGGGACAUCAUAAUUAUAGAUGGAUACAAACAUUUAGCAUCCAUUUGUAAGGAUGCAUGUGAUAAAUAUUAAAAAUGGAUGUUAUUUAUAUAAACCAAAAAAUGAGGACAAUUAACCAAGAGAAUUCACAAAUGCUGUUUAUAAUUAUGAAAGCAAUUGUAUUACAAAUAUAAUGGAUGGAGAGAGGGAGAGAGUUACAUGUGAAUUAGAGUUGUUAACAGCUUUUUCUACUAAUUUUUGUGAUAUGCGUAUGGCUACCAAUAGUAGAGCAUAAUGGAAUGAGGAAAUAUUAAUUAAUAUUCCAGCAGAUGAAUUCUAUAAAUCAGAUACAAUUAUUUUAUUUGAAUUAUUGGAUUUUCAUCCCAUUUAUUUAUAAUAGCGUAAUAGUGAAUUUUUGGAUUCAGAUAAUUUUUAUAGAAUUGCAUGGGGAUAUGCAAGACCAAAUGGAUUAUGUAAAUUACAUUUAGGAAUAAGUAAAAUAUAAUUAUAUAAGUAUUUGUUUGAUACAAAUAAAUUGAAAUCAGUAAGUAGAAGAGAAUCAAUUCCUUUAGUAUAUUUUGAUUUUCUUUGGCUUGAUAAAGUUGAAUAUGAUGCAGUUUUGAAUGUGUAUUUGGGUACUGAACCAAAGCCUUAAUUUAUUGAGAUUUAUGGUAAGAGUUAAAGCACAAGUGUUUUUGAGAUAGAAAGAGGAGAUGAAGAAGCAAAAGAGAAGGUGAAACAUUCUGUAGUAAUGGAGAAAGUAAUUGAAUAGAGAGUAGAAGAAAUUACAGAUUAAGAAAAAAUCAAUUUAAGAAGACGUCGUUAUCUUGGAGAUAAGGAAGAUCAUAUACCAGAAAAAAUAGCUUAUAAAUUUGCUAGUGCUCCUUUGGGAUGUUAUAGAUUAACUUUUAAUAAAUAUGGUAAUUAUUUGGCAUGUGCAUGUACUUAUAGAAAUUCAAAAACUAUUGUAAAAUUAUUUGAUGUAGAGAAUGGAUAACAUUUUGCAACAUAUAAAGGUCAUAGGAAUAUCAUUCAUGAUUUAUAAUUCUCACAGAAUUCUUAAUAUUUAAUAACAGUAUCAAGUGAUUAUACAGCUAAAGUUUGGAGUGUACCUCAACAUUCAGGAGAUAUAGUAAAUGAAGAAGAAUCAGAUUUAUUAUAAAUUUGUACUCUUUAACAUCCAUCUUUUGUUUAUGCUGGUUUAUUUUUGAUGGAUAAUAAAAUACCAGUAGUGGCAACAUGUUGUUUUGAUAGCAGAAUGCGUAUAUGGUAAUUUGAGUCUAAUCAACAAUUAUAAAUUAUAGAUGAACCAAUUUAAUAAGAAAUCAUUUCAUAUGAUGGAAUAUCCUUUGAUCAAUUUGAUAAUUUAGGCAAUCACAGACAUCCUAAUUGUAUAGUAUAUGAUGGUGCCAAAUGUUUGUAUGUUGGAGAUUCAUUGGGUAAUAUUCAUUUUUUUGAUAUUAAUCUCUCUGGUGGUAGUUAUAUUGCUAGAAGAUUAAGUUUGAUAGUAGUAUAAGAAAUUAUUGGAAAUCCAAUUAAUUCUAUACAAUUAAUGCCUCCAGAAUGUCAAGAUCUCUUAAUUCAUACAAGAGAUAAUUGUAUUCGUAUUGUUGAUUUUAAAUCUGGAGAUGGCAAAUUUCAUGAUCAUGAAGUUAUAUAUGGUUCUGUUAAUAAUAGAUUCUUUGGAUCUUAAUCUGUUAAAAUUGCUUGUAGAAGUGUUCCAAGUCCAAAAGGAGAUUAUGUUUUAUCAGGUAGUGAAGAUGGUAAACCUCAUCUAUGGAGUAAUUUAACAUAAACAUUACCUACUGAUAUAUUUUAAUUUAAUGUUAUUGGUCCUGUUGCUGAUGUUGUUUGGAACUAAGGAUAUCAUAUGAUUGCUAUUGCUGGUUUUGGAGAUGAACAUCCAAUCUUAGUAUAUGUUUGGGAAAGAGAAGGAGAUCUCAAUUUUAUAGAAGCCAAAAAAUUAUAAGAUGAAAUUAAAAUGAAAAAUAGAGAAUAAGAAGACAUUAUUUUUAAUAUCUAAGCAAAAUAAACUCUCAGUCGCUUCUAAUAGUCUAUUUAAGCCUAAGGUCUCUUUUAACCAUAAUUUGCUUAAUCAUCCUAGAUUCCAUUUUAACCCUAAUCCAUAUUCAAUCAAUAACAAUAGGGUAAUUAAUCUAAAGCUAAUACAUAACCUGGACCUUUUGGAUCAUAAGGUCCAUUUGGUUAACCAUAAUAAUCAUAAUAAUAAGUUCCAUUUGGUUAAUCAUAGUAAUAAUAAGUUCCAUUUGGUUAACCAUAGUAAUAAUCAUAAUAAGGUCCAUUUGGUUAACCAUAAUAAUAAUAAGGUCCUUUUGGUUAAACUUAAGGACCUUUUGGAUCAUAAGUAGAUCCUAAAUAAAAUUCUGGUCCUUUUGGAUAAUCUUUAUAAUAAGGUCCUUUUGGUUAAUUGCCUUUCUAAUAAUAAUAGCAAGUACCUCCUAAUUAUCCAAACACACCUUAUAAUGCAAAUUAUCAAAUGCCAUUUUAAUGA